AUGUUGGCCACCCUCAGCGCUAUGCAACACGUUACGAACACACCAUCCACGAACAAGAUGCCCACCUCUCCCUCAAACACCCGGAAGCAUUCUCCUUUUCCAAAACUCAGUCGCCCCAUCCCCGCCAGCUGGGCUGACGACGUUGAUAGCCCCGUCGAGCAGCGCCGCCAUCACAAUGCCUUCGGGCUACCUCAGGGCACCCCUUCUAAGCUACAGACAGGAAGCAUGCUCAAUCCCGACAACAAUAUGACCGUGGAUUCUGCAGCGCAGCCUGAGAAUGCGCGCUGGAAGGUCAACGGUGCCGGACAGCUUGUCCACGCUGAUGCUGCGACCGCCUUCCUCGCCGACGAUAUGGCCAGGCUCAAGAUUAACAACGGCGGUGUCAGUGAUGUCGCGGACUCGGCCAUCAACGGUGCACCUGGUGUCAAGCUGCAGGAGGCGGGCCCUCUCGACAUGUCCGCCCACCCCACCGCCAAGUCGGGAUCACCACCGUCGGAUCAACAUCUUGGUUUGCCGAACCACAACCGGACCGACUCAACCUCCAGUCAAACGUCGAAUGGACCUGGUUCCGCACAUCGUGACCGCCCGCAUUCCUACUCUGGAGGUAUCUCGACUGCGGAUCUUCGCCGUCUGCAAGGCAUUCCCGAGCCUGAGCAGGCACGUGCUGGUCCCGGUGGACAGGAAGGACAAGUCCAAACUGAGCAGACCACGUUCCCGUCGCUUGCCUCGCAGCCGCGUCAGCAACCUGGAAGUCCCGAUCUUCAAGUCGACUACGGCGUCCAGCAGCGUCAAUUCCAGCCUAUCACGAUCGAUACUCGCGUAAACGGUCAAAAUGCUCACAACUACCGAUCGCCAGCCUUGCAACAGCGGGCAUAUAAUAGCCAGCAGGGCGCCGCUCAGUCUCUCGGCGGGACCAACAUGCACUACCCUAUGCAGGCAGGUGCCGCGAACAACACCCAGGCUGCCUUCGACAAUCCAGCCAUUGCUCGUGUCCAGCAACAGCAAAACUUCCGCAACAACCACCAACACUCGUCUUCCGACCCCGUUCACCUACGUGAUACGGCGGCGGCGGCACUUGUGAACGGCGGCAUGCCGUUCACCCCUGGCCUGUACCCACUUGCCGGCGCCCCAGGAGUCUAUCCGGGCGCUUUCUUCCCCCCUCAAGAGGCAUACGCUCCCGGCGUCGCCCAGAUUAUGGCCGCCGCGCGUAUUCAGCAAGGCUUCGGUCAGCCGUACGGUUUGAACAUGCCGAUGCUGCAACAGACGCCAACAGGGGGAAGCUCUGGCUCUCAGUCACAGCUUGCAGUGGAUCCUACUGGAAAUGGGCCAAGUGCCAAUAAUCGGAAGCUUGGCCUUUACAAGACGGAGCUUUGCCGUAGCUGGGAAGAAAAGGGCUCAUGCCGGUAUGGGCCGAAGUGCCAAUUCGCCCACGGUGAAGAGGAGAUUCGCAAGGUUGCGCGUCAUCCGAAGUACAAGACCGAGAUCUGCCGUACAUUCUGGGUGUCGGGUUCUUGCCCGUACGGGAAGCGCUGCUGCUUCAUUCAUACCGAACUACCCGCGUCUGGUGCUCCGCCUGGUGCUGAUGGCGCACCUCCGCCCAAGAUCGCCCAGCCUCAGACCAUGCAACCCCAAGAUAACCGCCCUCGCUCGGACAGCGAUUCAACCGAGGGGCAACAGGUCUCCCGGCUACAGCGCAUUCAGAAGCAAGAACAGUCACCCACAACGGGUGAGACGACACCCUCGACUGCCUAUCCCACUCCGACGAACUCUAUGCCGCCGCGCCAGCCUCCGCUCCGCCUCGAUACCGCGUCGCUCGACCAGCCAGCGCUGAACAAGACGCAGAAUAAGUCAGCUUACCCUGCCUUUGCCCCCAACGCGGGUGCGAUGUUCCGCAAGGACGAGAAUGCAGGCAGCCGCUCGCCAGGUCCUGUCACCGCAGGACCCGAUCUUGGCCGUCAGCGCAUGGAGUUUCCGGGUUUCAGCAAUCAGGGCAACGCCAACAAACGUUCUUCUGGUUCAAGCGUACGCCACUCCUUUAAUGGCACGGAGGUUAUCAACUUGGGUCUCAAGUCGCCGACUCCGCCAUCUGGCAGCUCGUCGCCAUUUGCCACACCUGCGCCGGAGCUUACGCCGCCUCGCGCAGUCAGCCAUGCUCGUUCAGGCAGCGCGGGUAACUGGAGUACCCUUGCUCGCAGUGUCGCCUUCCCGGGUCCUCAGACCGCGGCGCCCAUCAACGAGCAGCGCGCGAACGUUCCGUGGCUUUCUGCUGUUGACGGCCCUGGCACCGCUGCUCGCUGGUAA